CAUAAUCAAAUAAAUUCUUGUACUUAUAAUUCCAUAUCCAUAUAUAGAGUUUGCAAUUUCCAACAAAAUUUUGUUCCUCAUUUAAUUUCAAGCUCUUUACAUUCAUUCAAUGAAAAUGGAAAGACUAAAGUAAGAUUGAUUUGUUUGCGUAGAAUAUCAAGUUUUUUAAAACUUGGAAAUGUCCUUUCGAGCAUAAUGACUCGUGGUUUUUACAUAUACAAUCCGCUCCUACAUGUCCACAUGCGCCGUCGUUCUCGCCGUUUCCUACCUAACUCCUGUAACUCCCUCGGAUAUCGAUCCUCCGGUAUGCGUUCGCGCGUUUCGAACGACGCAAGCUCGGGUUCAAGCCGUAGUAUAGGGACACUUCCCUCCCGGCGAAGGUAGUUUAUGCCCGGCGCAUCCCCCCGUCACCCCUGAUCGCGUCCUCUUCCCCUUUCUCUCUCUCUCUCUCUCUCUCUCUCUCUCUCUCUCUCUCUCUUUCUAUCCUCCCCUUUCGUCCUCAUGAACAGAAGGCACGGCAAUCGGGCAAGAUGAGCGACCAGGAGGAUCUGGAUUAUUACAUCAUGUUUCCAUCGUUUCCUCCAUCUCCAAAGGACCCGACGCUGACCGCGGCCGGACAGGACCAAAGGGAGGAAUUCGUGUUCGUGUACGAAGAGGACAAGCGACCGGUCGUGAUCCUGCUAGGAUGGGCCGGCUGUCAGGACCGAUACUUGGCCAAGUAUAGUGCGAUCUACGAAGAGAAAAGUUGCAUUACACUGCGUUAUACGGCGCCGGUGGAAUGCCUGUUUUGGCGUCGGGACAAGAUGCCGUACAUCGGCAAGCGGCUGCUGCAAGUGAUCACCGAUAAACGAUUGAACGAGCAUCCGAUAUUCUUUCACGUCUUCAGCAACGGUGGCGCAUUCCUUUAUCAGCACGUUAGUCUUGCGAUGCAAAAGGCUAACACAUUGUUCAAGAUCAAGGGAGUGAUAUUUGACAGUGCGCCCGGUGAGAGAAGAAUAACAGCCCUUUUUAAGGCGAUCAGCGCGAUCAUCGGUGGCCAUCCUCUCACGAAUCUACCGAUGUCGUUCGUCAUCACGUUCUUUCUCUCCGUACUCUGGUUCUUCGAGAUGAUUGCGCAGGCAUUCAGUAGAUCGUCCAUCCCGACAAAUCCAAUCGCCCUCGCCGAAGAAGUGUAUUCCUGGCCUCAACUGUUUCUGUAUUCCAACAGCGAUACCCUGAUUCCAGCGUCUGAUGUCGAGAAGUUCGCCAGUCGCCGAGCUGAACGAGGCGUGAACGUGCAGCUGGUCCUGUUCACCAACUCACCGCAUGUCAAGCACUAUGCGACUUAUCGCGACGUCUACGUCAACACCGUAUGCAGCUUCAUCCACGAAUGUUUGACCUCGCCGAGCCCGUCGAGAAGUUUGAUGGAUGUUCGCGAUGAUGAUCGCGGCUCCCAGAACUACGACAUGGUCCCGGGUCUCACUAAGCGCGUCGUACUACCCCAUGAAGCCACCAAGCAGCAGAACUAGAAAAAUCGAGAGACGCUAUUAUUAGAUAAGAUAGUCAUCUGCUAUAUGAAAUAUCGCGCUGGAGGCGGCGCAGGUCUCGCGAGUGCAAAGGAGAGGAUAUCUAAUUAAUUACAAUUCUUAUAUGUAUAUAUUUUAUAAAAAGAAUCUAUAAAGUAUGAGUAAAAAUAUAGAAAAAAUCGCUUGGAAUCCGUAAUUAUGAUCUUCAAUUCUUCAAAUUGUUGAUUUCUAAUCAUUAGGAAAAUAAACAUUUUUUAUUAAAAUUAAAAAUUAAUUGGCAAAAAAAUUAAAAAAUUAAUGGUUGAUUAAAAAGAAACAAAAAUUCUCUAAAAUAUUUUGAAAACAAUUCCUGUUUUCGAAGAUUAAGAGUUGCAAAAUUAUACGGAAUUAAUUCCUGGCGAUUCUCAUUUUAUAUGAUAACAAGGCGAUAUCCGAGAUGCUGGAAACGGUGCUACGUCUGUGCUUGAUGCUAUUUUAUACAAAGAUGGAUUAUUAUUCUUGAGUAAAAAUUAUUUAAAUGAAAAACGCGAAUUUUUUUAUAAGGCGAGAAUAUAUACACACAUGGUGACCAUUAAAAUAAGUAAGAUCUUUAAAAUUCUAUUAAUUAUAUUUCGAUGUACGACAUAAAAGUGUAAUUAAAAUAUGAAGAUUUUUAUCAAAACUAA